AUACUCGGCACCCGAAGUCCUUUUGAGCCUGAUUGGGAGGUUGUUUGCGGUAUCCAAAAUAUUUCCGCUCUACCUGAUGGUCUGGAAGACACACAGAGAAUGGAAGAAGAUUCGGCCGAAUUAUGGUUGCUUUAUGGACAAAACACGAAGGACAUUGUAGCCGAGUUGAUAUCGUCGCAGGAUCCCGCAGAGACCCUCGUGGAAUCCCUGAAUGCUGCUCGAGAAUCAAGGGGUAUGCCAAAGCUAGAACAAAUUUCCAGUGCUAUAUAUCGUGGAGCGUUGGUCCUUGUUAGACUAUCGAUGUGUGGUCGAGGCGUCCCCACAGACAUGUCCAUCAUUUACGAUAUAUCUAAGAAGGAAAAGGCUGCGUGGUCAAGGAAAUCGACGGGAAACAACGAUGAGGCGUUCCAAUCUCAGACCCAAGAGAACCAAAUCAUUGGAUACGUGACUUCUGGUCGAAUGUCACUAGCUCGUGGAAAAGGUCUGGGCAUUGGCGCGAUUGCCCUUGCAAAACUUGUGGACUCUAUAAAACGACACGGGUGA